ACCAAAAAAAACGUAACAAAUUAAACACACAACGUUCAAUUUCAAGUAUUUCCUACGGUGUUAGCUGAACCAUAGAAAAAGGAAAAGGAGGCAGAAGAAAAGAGGAAGGAGAAAGAGAGACUCGAGGAGGAGGCGUGUUAGUGGCGUGGUCGACGGCGGAGAUGGAGGACGAUACAGCUACUUACGGCUGCGUCAUGUUCCUCCCAGAUAAGCCUUCUUCUCCGACGCUUCAAAUCUUAGCCUUCGAGACGGCCAAAAACAUGUCACGCCUCGUUGCCUUGUAUAAAUCUCUCACCGACGAGGAAUUCUCCAAGCUGCGGUACGGCACCGUGAAGUCCGCUGGCGUUGAGUUCUUGAACUCCACCAAUGAAACUUAUCUCCUCGGCCUUGCGUGUAAAGAGAAGCUCGAGGAUCUCCAUAGGAUCGCCGCCGUUGUUUCGCGUUUGAGUAAACGCUGCGUCAAUGAAGAACUCACCAGAUUCGAAGCCGCUUACCAGAACAUGAUGAAACAGGGGGUCAUUGAUAUCAGCAACCUCGAUUUUAAUUCCAAGAAUGCCGGGAAAAUCAUCGAGAAGAUGGAGAAAUAUGCUAACGUCACGUCUCUGUUAUACACCUCUUUGGCUGCCCUCGACGAGUUGGAAUUAUCGGAGAAAAGAAUACAGAGGUCGAAGUCUCCGAGAAACUCGUCGGAUAAGAAGAACAUCGAGAAACAGAUUCGACAUUUCAAACACGUUUCCCUGUGGAACAAAAAAAUCGACAAGAUCGUAGCGCUAAUGGCACGAAUCAUCUGCACUGUUUACGCGAGGAUCUGUGUCGUUUUCGGAAUCUAUCUUCCGAGCCUUCUGGCCACCGUUACCACCGCCGCUGCCAAAAGAGGUUCUUCCAUCAAGCGCCUCUGUGUUUCGCACUCGAAAGGUUUCCACAUGAAGAUCUAUCCAGAGGCGAAUCUUGUAAAAGAAGAGGAUAAAAUAAAAAAGAUCUCCAAAUCGGGUCCGAUUCUCAUAGCAUCCAAGAUGAAGCGAGGUGCAGCCCGUUUCAUAAGCAGCGAACUAUCGCCUGAAUCGAAAGGCCUAGGGUUCCUAUUCCCCGGUUUCACAACGACCAACAACAAAGCCUCCAACAUUAAAACCAACGUAAACCAAAAGCUGAUACAAUCGGCUCCGGAAAACACCGUCGGAGCAGCAGGGCUGGCGUUUGGCUACGCGAACAUAAUCAUCAAGGCGGAGAAUUACUUCCGCUCGAUGACGAUCAUCACGGACGCCGAACGCAAGGACAUGUUCGAUAUGUUACCGAUAAACCUGAAACAAACGCUGAGAGUGAAGCUGAGGGGACAAUGUCACAAGGAUGAGCGCGAACGCCGGGGGUUGGCAGAAUGGUGGAAAGAGGCGUUGGCGGAAAUAAUAGGGCGGUUGGCUCCGGUGGCGCACGAUACACUAAGGUGGCAGCAAGAGAGGAACUUGGAGCAGCAAACAUUGGUAGCGAAGCGGACGGUUCUGUUGUUCCCACGCUGCAUUUCUCCAACUUGGAGAAAACGGAGGCUGCGAUCGUUGAGAUGUUGGUAGGGUUGAGUUGUAUAUAUAGGCACGAGAAUCGGCGGGAGAGGAAUGAUGUUGGUACGUGGUGAUGAUGAUGAUGAUGAUUUGGCUUACUUUCAAGUAAGCUUCCAUUAAUUUCAUUAUUUUUCCUGAGAUUAAGUUGUUUGACUUAUUGAUUGUUUCUUUUAUAAAUGUUCAUUUUUGAAGUGGAAAAUAAUCA